UUUUUGUUUUGUUUUCUAUUUUAUUUUCUUUUGUACUCAAAGAUACAAAAAUAAAUUUUUAACUGAGAAGCUGGAUAAAAAAUAAAAACUAUUUGUUUAACUCAAUAUUGAGAAUUAAUAGAAAAAAAUAAAGAGUAACGGGAGGGAGAACUGCAUAUUUGUAUGUUAGCAAAUGGCAAAACAUUGUUGGUAUAAAUUUAGUUUAUUUUCGGUAGUUCUGUGUUUAAUAUUGUUUUAUACAAUGACGGAAUCAAAAACUGUUAACAGUUCCAGUGCUGUGAGUGCCAAUGAGGAAACCUUUAAGGAUCGAUCACGUUACGAUAAUUACCGUAUUUAUAAUGUAGAAUUGGCAACAGAACAACAUGUGGAUCUUUUUCAAAAACUAGAAGAACAAAGUGAUAGCAUGAUAUUUAUAGGUCAUGCUCGUGAAAUCGGUCAGAAAUUGUCGAUUUUAGUUGCUGCCCAUAAAAUUGCCGAUUUGGCAGAUUUACUUGAGUAUUAUCAGGUUAAACAUCGUAUACUGACCUAUAAUUUCCAAGAGAAAAUCGACAAAAACUAUGCUUCAGUUUUACCCAUUGGUACAGAUCUCUCGAAAUUUGAUUGGCAUCAUUAUUAUCAUCUGGAAACUAUUUACGAAUGGUUGCAAUCAUUAGUGGAAAAAUAUCCUGGAGUAGUUACUCUACUCGAUAUGGGUAAUAGUACACAAGGUUUUCCCAUUAAAGGUGUAAAAAUAUCACAUAAUCCUGCCAAUAAAGCCAUAUUUAUAGAAUCGGGCAUACAUGCUCGAGAAUGGAUUGCUCCUGCUACGGCCACAUUCUUAAUUAACUCACUACUAACAUCCCCUGAUGAGGAUAUUCAAAAUUUAGCCAAAAACUACAAUUGGAUUAUUUUCCCAAGUGUAAAUCCGGAUGGUUAUAAAUUCACCUUUGAGCAUGAUCGUAUGUGGCGUAAGAAUCGUCAAAUAUUUGGUAUAAAUCGUGGUGUCGACUUAAAUCGUAAUUAUCCUGAUCAUUGGAAUUCAACCGGCAGUAGUAGCGAUCCUAGUCGUUAUGAUUUUUCAGGACCCACCGCUGGUUCGGAGCUGGAAACCCAACGUUUAAUGAAAUUCAUAGAGGAUAAUGUGGAAAAAGAACAAAUUAAAACAUAUUUAUCUCUACAUUCAUAUUCGCAAAUGAUUAUGUUCCCUUAUGGUUAUACCAAAGAACAUGCUUAUAAUUAUGAGGAUUUACGAGAAUUGGGACAAUUGGCUGCGAAUGCCAUAAAGGCACUGACGGGAGUACAUUAUACUAGUGGUAGUAAAAUUGAAACUAUUUAUCCCUCAAGUGGCAGUAGUAUUGAUUGGGUUUAUGCUGUUCAUAAUAUACCCAUUGCUUAUACUUUUGAAUUGCGUGGUCCACCCGAUAGUCAAGAUAUGUUUAUUUUACCGCCCGAACAAAUUUUGCCUACUGCCCAAGAGGCUUUUGCUGCUAUAAGAGCUAUUGUUGAGGGAGCUGCUGCUAAAGGUUACUAUAAAUAAUUGUUGAUAACAAAAACAACUUUUCAGUUUAUUUGCAUUUUUUAUAAAUAUUCAAAUAUUUUCUUAUUUCAUAAUUUUGUAUGCUUAAUCUCAUUAUUGCUAUUACUUUGUUCAAUAAUAAAGAUAAAAUGUAUUUUUUAGGUUCCUUUUGAAUAGACAUUACAUUAUAACAAGC